AUGCUUCGUCAGCUAAGCAGCAUCCUUGCCGCCUCCACCCUCCUGGUGGGUAUUGUCUCUGCGCAACAGGCCCCGACUCUUCCCAGCUGUAUCUGCAACACCGCGUCCUUCCUCAACGGCAUCGCCUGCUGCGUCUUUGAGGCGUGUGAUCCUACAGAUCAAACGGCCGCUCUGGCUUAUGCGCACAGCAUCUGUGACCCCGUCGGCGCUUCUUCACUUUUGCCUGCGUCGGCAACCUGCACCUCAACAACGACUUCGACCGGCACCACCACCUCUUCGGCUUCCGGCUCUGGCGCCGCCGGCAGCUCCAGCGAAGCUAGUGUUUCCUCUGCCUCUGCUUCAGCCUCCAGCGCCAGCGCCAGCGUUUCCUCUUCGCUGAGCAGUGUCUCCGCGUCCGCCGUCUCCGCCGCGUCCAGUGCCAGCGCGGCUGCCUCUUCCGCCACAGGCAGUGUCAGUCAAGUCUCGUCGGCGACUGCCAGCCCCACGGGUGCUGCGAAUCAAGUGGCGAUUGGGUUUGGUGCCAUCGGAGCUGGGAUGUUGGGUUUGGCAGCCAUGUUGUAG